AUGGGUGGUGUUGAGAGCCAUUUAUAUCAAUUAUCACAGCGACUAAUCCAACGUGGUCAUAAAGUCAUAAUUAUCACACAUUCAUAUGGUAAUCGCACAGGAAUUCGAUAUCUCACAAAUGGUCUCAAAGUCUACUAUGUUCCUCAUAUGGUAAUCUAUUCGGAAGCCACUCUUCCCACAAUCUAUGGAUUCUUUCCAAUUUUUAGGAACAUUGUAUUACGCGAAAAAAUUGAUAUUGUACAUGGUCAUCAAGCGUUUUCUUCUUUGUGUCACGAAGCUAUUUUUCAUGCGCGUACCAUGGGGAUGAAGGCAUGUUUCACUGAUCAUAGUUUAUUUGGGUUUGCGGAUGCGAGUAGUAUUUUGAUGAAUAAAAUGCUAAAAUUUACACUGAGUGAUAUCGAUCAUGUUAUAUGCGUUAGUCAUACAAGCAAAGAAAAUACAGUGUUGAGAGCAGCAUUAAAUCCGCGAAUAGUCUCUGUUAUUCCUAACGCUGUCGUAGCUUCUCAAUUCAAACCUGAUCCAGGGGCACAAGAUCAAAAUUCAAUUACCAUUGUUGUGGCAAGUCGAUUGGUAUAUCGUAAAGGAAUGGAUUUGUUAGUAGCGGCCAUUCCACGUAUUUGUCAAAUUCAUGCAAAGGUGCGCUUCAUUAUUGGGGGUGAUGGUCCUAAGCGAAUUGACUUGGAGCAAAUGCGUGAGAAAUAUUUAUUGCACGAUCGAGUAGAAUUACUCGGCCCAGUGAUGCAUCAUGAAGUUAGAAAUGUGUUGACUAAAGGUCAGAUAUUUCUAAAUACAAGUUUGACCGAGGCAUUUUGUAUAGGAAUGGUUGAAGCUGCCUGUUGCGGUUUAUUGGUCGUGAGCACCAAAGUAGGUGGUGUUCCAGAAGUGUUACCCAGACAUAUGAUCAUAUUUGCAAAACCAGAGGAAGAUGAUCUCGUGAAUGCUGUGUCAAAAGCAAUUGAAAUGAUUAGACUAAAAAAAGUUGUGCCAAUCAAAUUUCAUGAUGAAAUCAAGGAAAUGUAUAGCUGGGUAAAUGUAGCUUGCCGAACAGAAAAGGUUUAUGACAAAAUAUGGCAAAUGAAGACACCUCCCCUUAUGGAGAGACUAAGAAGAUAUUACGGUUGCGGUGUUUGGGCUGGAAAAAUAUUCUGCAUACUUGUGGCAAUUGAUUACUUGAUAUGGAUGUUUCUUGAAUGGAUAACACCACGUGAAGGCAUAGAAAUCGCUCCUGCCUUCCCAUAUCAAAAGUACCGAAAGAUGUGUCAAAUGGCUGAAAAAGAUGAGGAUGAUAAUUAA